UUGUGAUGUAAAUAAGUGUGCAAAAACACACUUAUCACUCGUCAACCUAAGCUCUUUUACUUUUAUCUUAAUGUUUUAGUAACGGAUAGUGCAUUUUCACUCCCCUGUGGUUUCUCUCAAUGGGUAAUGUUAAUUACCUCCCACACUAGGGAGCAGGGAGUAUGUUAAUUAGCAACGAUAUUUAUGUGUGGAGAAAUCAGCAACGAUUGAAGUAGAUUGCGUUGUUCCUUAUUUAGUAGGCUUCCAUUCCAUACUAUUUUCUGAUUGAACAAAAUUGAUGUGCUGGAGUUCUACUUUUUUUUUUUUAAAAAAGCUUUUUGAUUUUAACCAGAUUAGACAAUUUAGUAAGGAAAAUCCUGGUUUGAAUUGCUUUUGCAGGUCAGAUGAUGCGUCGCAAUGGAACACUAAAUGACACACCAAGGGUUGAAUAUUAUCAUGCUUACAUUGGGAGCUUGCUUGAUGCUCUGAGGAAUGGAUCAAACGUAAAAGGGUACUUUGCAUGGACCUUCUUAGACUGUCUCGAGUUAACGGUUGGCUAUACGCUUUCCUUCGGCUUUUACUACGUAGAUUUGGAUGACAAAGACCUGAAAAGAUAUCAAAAGCUUUCAGCGCGCUGGUAUGCCAGUUUUUUGAAGGGGAAAACCAUGUCAAAUUCAAUUAUUGAUGUUGGAAAAGGCACAUCUGUUCCUAUGAGAUACCAAUACUCUCAGUAAAUUUUAGUUCAUAUUCCCCUUUGAAGCAGAAGUUGAGCAUUGUUAUGUUUUAAUUCAUCUUAUGUACUACUUAACACUUAUCUGAAAGGUGAACGUAUUAUCAAACUUCAUAUUCUGGUCUCUGCUA